AUGGAAUGCGAACAUCAUUUUACUCAGAACGUAACGCGCAAUCCUGAAGGACGAAUAGUCGUGAAGCUACCUAUCAAGGACAAUAAAGUAAAUUCGAUAAGCGAUACUAGAGCCAUUGCUUUACGUCGUUUCUACAAAAUAGAAAGGAAGCUUGAUUUUCGGCCAAUAUUGAAGCGUGAUUACGCCCAAUUUAUGCACGAGUACGUGCAAUUAGGGUCACAUGACACCCAUCGAAACCGAGGAACCGCGAACACUGAAUUGCCGGUUUUCUAUUUACCGCACCAUUGCGUGAUUAAGCCUGACAGCAGUAGCACCAAAUUGAGGGUCGUGUUCGAUGGUUCAUGCAAAGGUCCCACAGGAAUCUCACUCAACAAUGCCCUGAGAGUCGGGCCUGUAAUCCAACAGGAUCUUAUCUCUAUUCUGUUGCGCUUCCGCACUCUUCCGUUUGUUAUCACAGCGGACAUAAUAAAAAUGUACCGCCAGGUGCUCAUCGAUCCAUCUCAAACGCAAUUGCAGCGAAUAUUCUGGCGUGAUAACUCUUCUGAUCCACUUCAGAUUUUCGAAUUAAAAACCGUGACGUACGGAACCUCUUCCGCAUCGUAUCUGGCCACGAGGGCACUCAAAUAUCUAGCUGAUUUGUACAAAAAUGAUUAUCCGUUAGCUUCCCAAUGCAUGUUACGCGAUUUUUACGUCGAUGACGUGCUAACGGGUGGCACGUCAAUUGACGAAUGCAUAAGAUUAAGGGACGAGCUCAUUCAACUUCUUGGGAAAGGAGGAUUCCACCUCGCAAAGUGGGCCUCCAAUAACUGCCGCAUUCUUUCUGGGCUGCAUGACACAAUGGAAUCUAACUUGUCUCUUGACAAAACGCUCAACUGCAAGAUACUCGGAACACUCUGGAAUCCUUCGACUGAUUCAUUGCGGUAUAAUGCUCAAGAUACUGGCAAUCAUAAAUCUCUUACUAAACGUGAGUUGCUAUCAGAGAUAGCCAAGGUGUUUGAUCCUCUUGGGUUGAUUGGCCCUGUAAUAAUCAUUCCAAAAUUGCUGAUGCAGGAGCUAUGGCAACAAAAUCUACAGUGGGACGAGCCCGUUUUCCCAUCUAUUCUGUCGAAAUGGAGUCAAUUCAAGUCAGAAUUAGUCAGUCUAAAUACUUUAAGCAUAAGUCGUUGCGUAAAAUUCAGUAACGACACCUCGCAUCUCCAAUUGCAUGGCUUCGCUGACGCCAGCCAACGAGCAUAUGGCGCGUGCAUCUAUCUUCGCUCGUACACAUCAAAGGGCGAAUUUCGAACAGAACUAUUGUGCUCCAAGGCUCGUGUUGCGCCUCUCAAAGCAACUUCUCUUCCACGCCUAGAAUUGUGCGCAGCCAUGCUCCUCGCCCAAUUAGUCCACAAGGUAAGGUCGUCUGUCGAGCUGGCAAACGUCAAGCUUUUCCUAUGGUCAGAUUCGACCAUCACAUUAAACUGGAUCGCAUCCGCCUCCAGAAAAUGGUCAGUAUUUGUGGCCAACCGCGUCGGAGAAAUCCAGCGAUUGACUGAGAUUACUGACUGGCAUCACAUACAAUCAACACUAAAUCCCGCAGAUGUGUUGUCCCGCGGCCUAAAUUCUAAGGAACUAAUAACAUGCGAUUUGUGGUGGUCCGGCCCUCCCUUUCUCAAGCACAGGGAAUCAAAGUGGCCUGUCACUGAGACCACGCCGAAAAUUCAGGAAUCCGACAUGCCUGAGCUAAAAGGAGCAACCACGCUUUCUUCCACUAUAAGCCUAUUACCAAUCAGUUCGUUGUUGAAUAAAUUUUCUAAUAUCGACAAAAUAUGUCGCAUAGUAGCCUAUUGUCUAAGGGUCAUUAAGUUCCGUUUACGGGGCUCGUAUGUUAGCAAAUCAAUUACGCAUCAAGAAGCAUCCGCUGCAUUGAUGAUCAUUUGCCGCGCAGUUCAGCACAGUACAUUCUCACAAGAAAUUGAUUGUUUAAGGAAUAAACAACCAUUAAAAUCAUCAAGUCAUUUUACUAUCUCUAUCGCCUUUCCUAGAUGA